UCGAACACGAAACGCAGUAGCGAGUUAAACGAAAAAUAAUAUAAAUUUUAUACAACAUGCAAUUGAGCAAAACUUUAGUAGUGCUGGCCUGUUUGGUCGCCUGUGCCUUGGCCCAGUACGCACCCGCCAGUGGGCAUUCCAAGCUUAUGCUGACGAUGCAAGCGAACACCGCCGCUUUUGAUCAGAAUCCUGCGCACUCCAUGGAGUGCUUCUCUUACUAUUAUGGCUUAAUAACUGAAGUUCAGGAGGAGUAUGAGGCCGCAUAUUUUGGCUGCACUUCCUCCUUGAACAAGAGCUUGGUGGCGUUGAACGACCAGUACGCCAAAAUUGUAGAAGAACUGAAUAAAAGUUCGGCGGAUGCUUGCGAAAGGAUUAACGCAUGCCAAAACAGCAACAGCAGUGAGGCCUUGCAGUGCUACAGCUCCGUGGGUUCGGAUGAUACUCAAGUUAUGUACAAAAUAACUGGGCAAGCUUACGAAUCCGAUGCCGCCAUGAAGGGAGACAUGGCUACAGCUCAGAAACAGCACGACAUAUGCGCUACUGAGUGCCUAAAUAAGUAUAACAAUGACUCCAGCACGGUUAAUGACAAUCUGCAAGCUUGCCUGAAUGGUGCGCCCGUGCCCAGUCCAAUCCCCACUUCCACUGCGGCUCCCACUGAGGCUUCCAGUGAGGCUUCCAGUGAGGCUCCCACUGCGGCUCCCACUGCGGCUCCCACUGCGGAUCCCACUGCGGCUCCCACUGCGGCUCCCACUACGGCUCCCACUGCGGCUCCCACUGAGGCUUCCACUGAGGCUUCCACUGAGGCUUCCACUGAUGUACCGACUGCGGAACCCACCACAACAACAGAAGCCCACGAAUCAACCAGCGCAGAAGAAACCACAACUCGUUCUGCACCACGCUCCAGCUCGCAUGGAACCAUUAGCAAGAAUAAUCUGAAGAAGGAGAUGCAGAAAUGGUUAGAUCAUAUGCUACACUAAGCUACAUGUUUUUAUUGCGUAUACGCAGCUUUAGCUCUUCCCUUUUUUGCCUGUUGAUAAUAAAUAUGCAAAGCUUAUGCUUGCGACAACUGCAAA